AUGGAAGAAAAUAAAAAGAGGAUUGAUGAUUUCAGUGAAAUUCCAUGUGAAGAAAUUUACAGUGUUCCUCUUCAAAAGGGUAAGGCGUAUUCAUUAUGUGCCUGCGGAAGGUCGAGAAAAAAGCCCUUUUGUGAUGGAUCGCAUAUAGGAACUAAAAUUAAACCAGUUUUGUUCUUGCCAGAACACACCACGGAGUACACAUUUUGUAUAUGUAAAGGGUCCUGCCAGCAGCCAAAAAAUAGUGAUUACACUCAUUUGGAUUGAUAA